GCUAAUUUGUUCUCACCAUUGUUUUCAGAAAAAAAGAGACCGAAUUGAUCUAUUUGUUUUAUACAAAAUUCAAAAUCCAAAAUCCCUAAUACUCUCCCAUAAGACAUGGAUUCAUUAGAGGGAGAUUGUUGCUGGGAUUUUCUGGAUUAUAAUUUCUUCGAGGAAACCACGACGUCUUCUGAUUUAUUGUGGUCUAAUAAUCGAAGUGGUGGCCUGGAUAUUGAUUUUUCAUCUGGUGGUACUGAAUCUCAAGAAAAACAAUGCUCACGAAAGAGGGGACGCAGUGAUUCUUGCACCAAGCCAGCGACUAAAGCUUGCCGUGAGAAGUUGCGGAGGGAGAGGUUAAAUGACAGGUUUCAGGAUUUGAGCUCUGUUUUGGAGCCUGGGAGGCCUGCCCGAACUGACAAAACAGCCAUACUUGCUGAUGCUAUUAGAGUUCUAACUCGAUUGAAAACUGAAGCUCAGGAGCUCAAAGAAACAAAUGAAAAUCUUCUAGAAGAAAUUAAAACUCUGAAGGCUGAGAAGAAUGAGCUUCGUGAAGAGAAACUCGCUCUGAAGGCAGAUAAAGAAAGGAUGGAGCAACAACUGAAGGUUAUGACUGUUCCGCCUUCUGGAUUUAUGCCAGCACAUCCAGCGGCCUAUCAUGCUGGGUUGAACAAGAUGGCUGCCUUUCCGAACUAUGGUCUGAUGCCCAUGUGGCAAUUACCUUUAGCUGCCCGUGAUACAUCCCGCGACCAUGAGUACUGGCCCCCUGCUGCAUAAUUUCUUCAAUUCUUUCUUUCUAAUUAUUACUGUAAAUUAGAUGCUUUAUUCUAGAAUGAUCUUGUAAUUUUUUUGUCGAGUUCAAUUGUAAAUACAACUGCCUUUGCCAACUAAUUUUCACAUUUAACAUCUA